AUGGAGGCGACAGACUUUAUUAUUGACGAGCCCAGUGGCCAAAAGCAUCUUGAGAACAUCGACCAAUCUCUCAUGAGGUUCCAUGGCAAGGAGAAACAUGAUCUAGAUAGUUAUCCCAUCGCAAUGCUCAGUCAUGAGAACGCACAAACUGGCCAAAAAUUCAGUUUGUAAUCAUUUCAUCAUGUCAACUUUCACUAUCUGAUGGAUUCAUAUAGCCAUUCCUAUCUCUGCUAAAGGCUUCCUUCGUGUAGGGAGGGAUCCGAAGUGGUAUGUAUGUACUUCUUUCAAUCAAUCAAUUGAAUGCUAAAAAUUUAGUGAUUUUUCCAUUGACAGCAUCAUUGUUUCCAAGCAACAAUUUCGCAUCUAUGCCAUCAUAUAUGACGCAGAAAAACUGGAUGAGUACCCUCCUUCUAUCUACUGCGAGGACCUUGAAUCCAUGAAUGGUACCUAUGUGAAUGAUGUACUGAUUGGAAAACUUGGUAAUGAAAGAAUUGGACAUCUUCUCGCUGAUGGAGAUUUGAUUGAGAUCCGACCCGAUUGGAAGUUUCGAUUUAACCAACCAAGGUCAAGAAUGACAUCCCAUAUGUCUUUGCCUGAUGUUGAACUUCAAGUAGGUCAUCUCAUGAUCCCCUUCCAAUAUCUCUUUGCAUCUUAACUGAAUCUGUUUAGUACUUUCGAGAUCGCUUUACAAUCUCCAACCAUGUUCUUGGUAGCGGUAUUGCUGGGGAAGUAUUCCUUGCCAAUCGUGUUGGCACAUCAAAGCAAGUAGCCUGUAAAGUCGUUAAACUAAGCUCCUCGGGACUCCCCGGCUCUCAAAGCCAAACGGAAUCAAAUCAGCAAUAUGAGGCCGACUUGAGGAGGAAAACAUACCUACGAGAGGUUUGCAUACUUUCCAGACUUAAUCAUGUAAGUCGGAGCCUCGUCACACACUCAGUCAAUCACGCAGUCACACACUCUUUGCUUAAUUGAUCAAGACUAAUGGGUCAUAGCCGAAUAUUAUUAGUAUCGAGAAAGCCUUUCUCUCCAACGACAGAUUGUACGUUGACUAUGACAUGUUCAUUUUCGCUUCUGAUUAUCAUUUAGAUAUCUGUUCACAGAACUUGCUGCAGCAGGAGACUUAUACACCUACUUCGAUUCUUGUGACAAUAGGCUUGGAGACGGACAAGCCCGCCUGAUUACGAGACAAAUCGCUCUAGCUCUGGAAUAUCUUCAUACAAAAGGAAUCGCACACAGGGAUAUAAAAAUGGAGAACAUUCUCAUCACAAACACAGAUGUUGGAUCUCGGGUCAUUCUUACAGAUUUUGGUCUUGCCAAUCACACAGAAAAAUCAACCGGCAGACUUUUCUCUUGUGUAGGCACCGAGGGUUAUGUUGCACCGUAAGUUGUCAUUGGAAAGGAUAGUUAAUAAAAGUUUGUACUGACUAUAACAGUGAAAUUGUAGGUUCCGAUUCGACUCUAAAUCGUGGCUAUACAAUAGCAGCGGACAUGUGGUCAUUCGGAAUUUUGACAUGGAGUUUGCUCACUGGUGAGAGCGAAAUUCCUCGAGGUCGGUUGUCCCAACUCGAAGAGAUUGAAGCUACAAAGCACUUUAUUUCGUCCGACGAAAAAGAGGCAGCAGAGAAGUGGUCUUACCUUCACACGAGAGCUCGUUCAUUUUUGCGGGGACUUUUGGCUAUUGAUGCAGGACAACGCAUGACUGCUGUUCAAGCACUCAACCAUCCAUGGUACAAGGAGCCUUCUGCUUCCCUGGCAAUAGAACAGGCAUACGCACGAGCUAUACAAUUUUGGAGACCACGAGGCGAUGGAGAUAUUCUAGAAUAUUUACCGGGAUAUGUAGCGCCGGCAGGAGGAGGAGUUGGCUCAGUUCGUCGAAAGCGCUUGCCUGACGCUUCUCAGUCGCCCUACUUCAACCUUGACCGCCAUCUGCAGUCAAGGUCUCCGCAGAUGGCGAAACGUAGACAGAUACUUGACGAUCUGAAAGAGUCUGGAGAAUCCUUCAUGGAUGCUGAGUUGCAACAGGACAUACCUAGACAUAACACGAGGAUCAGAGAUCAGAUUUCAGUGAAUUCUGUUGCUGGCAGUGAUUUAUUUGGAAGCCAGACAGCUUUAGCGAAUAAACAAAUAGCAAACAGUGCGAAUUUCAGCGAUCGGACAUCAGAGGAUGUGAGCAAAACAGGAAUUAACCAAAGAGCGAUAGGAAAUUCUCGGAGUCUUACGUCUUCUACUAAAACUAACAGUGCUUGUUCAAGCACGUUAAAUGAUGCGAGAGUAAGAAAAGAAACAGAUCCUGCUAAUCAAGGGAUUCACGAUGCCGCCUCACAGUUUUUAACUGGGUUUUGUUCGGCCAAGGCUUUCAUGGACAAGGUUAACGUGGUCAGAAAAGAAAAAAUCAUGAAGACUUGA